AUAAAAACAACAACAACAGCAUCAACAUCAAACUCAAUCAUCUCUGCGAGUAGCCGUCUAAAGACAUCAACAUCCCGUCUGCAAGGCCCAGUCCUAGGAGGUUCUGAACGGGUGUUGCCGGCUCUGACCUGGACCUCUACCACCGAGAUUCGGGCCCUGCUGGACGGUCUGCUGGACGAGCGGAUUCCUCUCUCAGACCUACAACCCAACGCGGUCUCGAGAGUAGACCAGGAAAUUGCAGAACUAUCGAGAUUUGCUGAAUCGACGCGGAAGCCAAGAAGUGAUAAUGAAAGUGUGGAUAAGGGGAAUUUGGAGAAAGAGAAGGAGUGGUUAGAACAGGUAGAGGAGGCAGCUCGGGAGGAUGUCGCUGCCCUCGGUUCCUUCGUCAAGACUCCCGGCUGUGCAACGAGUGAAAGCGCAGCGGCAGACACGAUGAAUGUGGCAGAGGAAACGGAGCUCGCCUGCAGGACUUUGGAUUUGUACGCCGACCACUUCAAAUGGGCGCGGGAGGAUCUCGCGGGCUUCCCGCUGGAUGCGGGAGGAGCGCCGGAAGGCCUCGGUUCCUCGACGGCCGACGGCGUGGGGUCGACUCUUUUGAAUUGGGGUCGCGCCGACGCGCGAGAGCGCAGCGUGCAGUGCAGCGUGACAGUGGGCGUCGCGGAACACAUUUUCAGGACCGCUUGCGGUUGCAGCGAUGAAGACCCCCAGGAGGACGUAGAUGCCGAGGGGAGGGUGGAUUGGGGCGUAAAGAUGCAGGAAUUGGCUCAGGACCCGUUCAUCUGUCCUGACUUGGGAGAUCUACCAGAUGAUUUAUCUGAAUACCUGAAUGAUGAUUACCUGAGGAAGUUUGUGGUCCCUAACCUGGACACAGAUGUGCUCUUUGAUGACACCUGGUUGACUUGUGAGGAUGAACUCAGCACCUGCAGUGCUCUUCCAGCGCCGGACGAGCUGCCCGGCCCAGAGAGCCACCGGCCGGAACAGAAGGACGACGCAACGGGAGACACCAAUAAUGGGAGAAAAAGACCCAGAGUUCCCCGGUCACAGCGGUGCACUGAUGAGAACACGCCAUCAAGGUCAAAGAGACAGAGAGCAGCAGGUCGACCAAAAACCAAAGUGGCACAGGCCGAGUCGUCUGUCACUCACGGCGCUGACACAGAGUCAGAGACGAGUUCAGCAGAGACGGCGGGCCUCUCCACCACUCCACCAAGAGUCCUUCAUCUCCAUCCCUCCAUUCAGUUUAUCCCCAUCCCAGAUUCUCCGGCAUAUCAGGUUGUUCGGGCAGUGAGGCUCUCUCAUCCCAUCAGACUUCCAUUCCCCAAUACAGCUGCUACACCUACUUUCAUAUUAGUUCCUGCUGCUUCGCCACCCUUCAAACAGCAGGAGCCACCCCUCUCCCCGAUGAACGGAGCAGUAGCGCCAGUCCAAAUGAGUUCCCCCCCACUGGGAUCUCUGUCAGACACCGCCAGCAAAGCCACGUCUCCCCCUUGGGCUUUACCCCUCUCCCCCAACAGUGAGAUUUCCACAUGUAAGGAAUCACCUCUUCCUCAGUCUCCCACUGUCCUUGAUAUUCCACAUGCUGUAAAGGACUACAUUCAGGAAGCCAAAGCACACGUGAGUCAAACCUGCCAGGACAUGGAGUCAGGCCUCAGUCUGACUGCUCAUUACGUAGAUGUGCAAGUGAGCCGGAGAGAGAUUCUCCGCUCUGGAAAGAACACCAACAAAUCCCUAGACAAGGAACUGGUCAUUACGGGAGAUACAGAUCGGCAAAAAAGCUUAUUGGGCCACGUGCAGAUAUUCGAAGGCUCAAAUGGAAACAAACCCAAAUGCUACAUAUUGUUACUCGGCAACGCUGGCAUUGGAAAAACCACCAUGAUCAGAAAACUGUGUCUCGACUGGUCCAGAAACUGCAUCCCACAGUUUGACUUUGUCUUCUUUUUACACGGCAAAGCGUUCUCUUUAUCGGGAGCAGCCUACAGCCUUCAGACUCUCCUAUUAAACCUCUCCUCUUUUGCCCCUCCCUGCAUGGACCCAGAGGCAGUCUACGCUCAAAUUCUCGCAGCCCCUAAGCGCGUGCUCAUCAUUUUCGAUGGGUUUGACGAGUUGCGGGAGUAUGAAAUUCUUCUCCAGACUCAAGAAAAAGACUUGAUAACGUUGUUGCAGAAAGACAGUAAAGCGCAGACCUUCACAGUAAGACAGUUGUAUUCUGCCGUCCUUCAGAGGCUCCUCCUUCCAGGCUGCACUCUCCUGCUCUCCACUCGACCACGAGGCACUGCCAGCCAGCUACUCAGGCGGUCGGACAGUCUUUUGGAGGUGUGUGGCUUCACCCCCACAAAUGUAGAGACAUAUUUUUCCCAGUACUUCACUGGUCCUGACCUCAGAGUACCUGCUUUGAACUGCUUAAAAAACUGCAGCUAUCUCCAACUCCUCUGUUGGAACCCUGGACUAUGUCGAUUGGUCUGCUUGGUUUUAGAACGGUGCAAAAGUUCGGAGGACCUACCGAGAACUUUAACUGGGCUCUGUCAUCAAGUGCUUCGUCUGAAACUGGAAAAGGACAGUGGGAGCACACACCUGGAGAAUGAAAGUCAAUCAGAAGUAUCUGUGCGAUCAGGGGAAGAACCCCAGACACAAAUCUCAAGAAGUUCUCAUGUGAAUAAGCGUCCGAAAAACGCUCAGACAAAUUCCAGAGGACCGGUUCGCACUCGCUCUCACACCCAAAGCACAAGGGGGUCAAAACAACAGGAGAAAGAGGAAGAUGACGUUGAUGGGGAGGGUAUGAAGAGUGUUGACGGGGAAGUAGAUGGAUCAGUCAGAGAGUUGCUGUCCCAGCUGAGUUCUUUGGCCUGGAAGGGGGUCAAAGCAAACUCCUCCAUCCUCCCCACAGGAUGGACCAUAUCGGACAAACUCAAGGCGUUCGGCCAAAGGACGGGACUCUUCUUCUCUUACCACCUGAGGCCGGGGCAGGUUGUCUCAGGUGAUGAGAGACGAGGAGGGGGAAGACAGGACAGAGAAGAAACGGGAACACCAAAGAAUGGAGAAAUGAGAGGAGAGAAGGGUGGGACGUCUCCUGAACACGCUGAUGCCAGCGAUGACUACAUCCUGUUGUGGGCCAACCCUUUCCUUCAGAGUUACCUGGCAGCGGUUCAUCUGUCUCUGUCGAGGUCCGUAACAGACCGUGCGUUCCUCCAGACCCUCCCUUUCCAGUCAGGCCAGAAGGGACGUCGGCGACCUCAGAGGGAGGAGCUCGAGCUCACUCAGCAGUUUGCUGUCGGGCUCCUGUUCCACGACAAGACGGAGCUGCAGAGGCUUCACUCAUACACAAAGGCAUCAUUCAGAGAUAUGGUGGCCGCCAAGCAGGCUUUAGUAACAAGUCACCUUGAGAGUCUCUCCCAUGGUGACCUGAGCCCCGCCCAGGUCCUGGAGGCUUGCCACUAUACGUACGAGGCGAGUUGCAUGCAUGGCGACGGCAGCAGAGACAGUGGUAGCACGCGAUUGGUCGCUCACCUGGCAGCGAAUCUUCCAGCAGUCCUGACAUUUCACGGAGUUCCACUCGAGCCGUCGGACGUGUUUGUUGUGCAGAACAUUCUCGAAAGGGGUGGAACUGAAGGAAGAAGAUUCUGUUUGGAUCUGGAGGAUUCUGGGAUACAGAUUUCGGGGCUCAGAGCUCUGGUGGGGCUCAACAACAUCGACAUAUAUAGGGCAUGCAUUGCUGACGUCAUCACCUUAUGGGAGCAGCUGGAGCAGAGUGGCGAAGAAGCCCUCCUACGAGAGACGGUCUCCAAAUUCAAGAUCCAUCCUCUGAAAGCCACACAGGUGUGUCACAUUGAGCACCUGGCGAAGCUGGUGAACAUACAUGUGCACAAGAGGCUGUCGGACAGUUCCAGCCAAUCAGAGUACAUCCUGGCAGAGGGAGUACCAGCUGUCAGAGAGCUACACAAACUGGAGUUAGAGCUUGGUCCAGAAAAAGGUCCCCUGGUUCUUCCCAAGCUUUGGGAGCUCCUGCCAGGUCUACAUAACCUUCAGCACUUAGAUCUAGAGAACAGUAAGAUAGAGGACAACGGAGCUGAGAAAUUGGCUGAUGCUUUAGUUCCACUUGGUUCCCUGGAGAUACUCAAUCUCCCACAGAACUGUAUCGGAGACCAGGGGGUUAAAAAACUAGCAACCACGCUGAGGGAUCUGCCCAAACUGCACUGUUUAAGUCUCUACAGUAAUGAGAUUUCUGAUGAAGGUGCAGAGAGCUUAGCAGCUGUCCUCCCAUACAUGGCUUCGCUCACUGACCUGGACGUGAAAUAUAACAAGCUGACAGACGUUGGAGCGCAGAGCCUUGGAGCCAGUCUGAGGAACUGUAAAAAGAUGAAGACUCUGAGGAUGUGGAACCAGUGUAUUCCAUACGGAGUGCUUGAGCGACUUCAGCAGCAGGACGGCCGGAUCCACUGGCAGUAGAACGACAUCGGACCCGGACGUGGACUUUUAAUCCUGUAUCUCGGACAUACAUGUUCAGAGAGAGAGAGAGAGAGAGAAUGCACUAAAAUAAAAACAAUAAUUCUCUGCUGCUUUGUACAUCUUGUGCAGAUUCUGUGAAAGUGUCCACUUAGUGCUACAAGGGAAUAAUUCAGCGUUACACGGUGCUGCUUGUGUGUACUGAACAGCUGUUUUGUAAUGCUUGGUAUGAAUUCAAGAAGCACAUUUGCACCGAGAUACUAUUUAUGCAAUUAGAGAUUUGUUUUCUGUCUACUGCCAUUGCCUGUGAGGCCUACUAUUUAAUGUGACUUUUACAGUAUUGUUGUUUGCACUUCUCCUGCGGCUGUAAAUGAGACAUCGCUUCACAAUCGCAUGGCACUUUAAUAUAAAUGAAGUAAUGUUUCAUGUCGUCACGCGGAACAUUAUUUCCUUUCCUCUUUUUUUCACUCAUUGUUUGAUACUGAGUUUCAUCUGUUUAUUAAGAGCUUAUUUUCGCUUCCUUCCCAACAGGUUUCUGUUCUCUAUUUUGAUGCAAAGUGACCUUUCCAUUGUUUUUGUGCAUUAGCGUCUGCAACACUGCGUAGUUCAUCAUAUCACUUUAUUUAUAUUUACACCGAUAUGUUUCUGAGUGUACAGAGCGAGGGCAGACCCAAUUGUGAUAUCAUGCUAAAAUAGGUAUCAUAAAUACUUGGUUAUCGUUAUGGUAAUGUUUCAUUCACCAGACAGGGAGGGUGUAGAGUUGCAUUAUGGGAAAUGAAGGAUCCAGUGCUUUGAGGGCUAGACCCAUAUUUGAAACUAAAAGUCUGGAUAUCUAAGACUCUGAUGUUUUGAUUUUGAAAAUAUUAGUUUCUAAUCUAUCCCCAAUGAUUAUGGUAAAGGACUACUAAAUUGUUACUGCAUAAGUAAAAUAAAACACAAUUAAAUAUUG